AUGAAAGGUCCCCCUGACACAGGAGGAACCUCCCUCAAUCUGGAUGGUGCUGGAGACCAGCUUGGCCUUCAAACAUCCAGGACAUUCGAAAGACUUAAUCAAAUUGACGCCGUUCGCGCGAACGGGGUUGGCGACCACAUCCCACUGCCGCAGCUGGUCGUCUCCGGGGAUCAAUCCGCAGGGAAAAGCUCCGUUCUCGAAGGCAUCACCGGGAUACCUUUUCCACGCCAGGAUGGUCUGUGCACGAGGUUUGCGACGGAGAUUAUCCUCCGCCAUCAGCCUGGCGAGAAACGUGCCCGGGUGACAAUCAUACCUCAUGUUUCGAGGGCAGAGGAGGUCUCAAGGAGACUGGGUGCAUUCCAGCGCAAUAUUGGAGACUUUGCGGAGCUUCCAGACAUUAUCAAUGAAGCUGCGCAGGUAAUGGGGCUUCGUGGCAGUGAUGGCUCCCAUGAUGCGCCUGCCUUCUCUGGUGACGUUCUGCGCCUGGAAGUGUCUGGACACACUGGGCUUCAUUUGACCAUCGUCGAUCUGCCAGGAUUGAUCUCUGUGUCCGAGAAUGAAGAAGAUGUGCGCAUUGUCCGAGACCUCGUUGAUUCAUACCUGAAGAAUUCCCGAACAAUCAUCAUGGCCGUCGUCCCUGCCAGCAGCGAUAUCGACACUCAAGGAAUCAUCCAACGAGCUCGCCAUUUCGACAAAGACGGCCUCCGCACCGUGGGAAUUAUCACCAAGCCAGAUCUCAUCAACACCGGUACGGAGGGGCGAGUCGUGCGCCUGGCGAAGAACCUCGACAACACAAAACUGAAGCUGGGAUUCUUUCUGCUCAAGAACCCAACACCGGUCGAGUUGGAUAGCGGAAUAAGCCUUCAGGCACGCCGGAAGGCAGAGAUGAACUUCUUCUCGACUGGCGCAUGGUAUCAUCAAGGUCUUGAUCUCUCGCGCGUCGGUAUCGAUAAUCUCCGCUCGUUCCUGCAAGACCUUCUCGAAAGCCACAUUGAGCGCGAACUGCCUAAGGUGCGUCAGGAUGUACGCCGAUUGCUGAACGAACUCAACGAGGAGCUGGCUGAGUUGGGAACUGAACGAUCAACUCCAAGCCAGAUUCGAGUGUACCUGUCGCGGAUCAGUAGCGAAUUUUACAACCUCGUCAAAGCUGGCGUGGACGGUGCUUACGAGGGCCGCGAUGCAGGUUUCUUUCGUAUGGGCACUGAUGAUCUUUCUUGUCGUCUUCGUGCUGCUGUUCAUAUCGAAAACGAAAGAUUUGCAAGGUACAUGAGAACUGAUGGAGAGAAACGAAAAGUGGUUGAAGACGGAGAUCUCGCAGAAGCUGAAACUGCAGAUGGCCAACUCCUCGUGUCAGAGGCUGAGAUGACCGCAUGGGUUCGACAGAUCUAUCAUCAAACCCGGGGGCGCGAACUUCCAGGCAAUGACAAUCACGCUCUCCAAGCAGAACUGUUCCAUGCCCAGUCAGAGAGAUGGGCAGACAUCGGGCGUCGCCACCUCGAAGCAGUUGUCGAUCUAAUAUCUCGCUUCAUUCGCUCGGCGCUCGAAUUCGUCAUCAAAGAUGGCAGUGCCCGUCAUAACAUCUCGCAAACUGUCCUUGACUCGCUGCACAAUAACAUUCGAGCCGCACAUGAAGAGCUGACCCAGCUCCUCCGAGACGAAGCACAGCAUCCGAUCACAUAUAACCACUACUACACGGACAACAUCCAAAAAGCCCGCAAAAGCCAAAGCAAAGAGCAGCUGAAAGAGUUGAUCAACAACGCCCGUCAACAAGACUGGGGCGGGCAAUGCCAUUUUACCAACUCCAUCGGCGAGAUGGAGAGAUUGAUCUCCUCUCUCCAGAAACAUAUCACUGUCGAUAUGACCGAGCAGGCUUGCUCCGAAGCCAGAACGGACUUGUCAGCUUACUACAAGGUCGCAAUGAAGACAUUCGUUGACAAUGUGUGCCGCCAAGUCAUCGAACGCCAUGUUCUUGCCAAGCUCCCCGAUGUCUUCAAUCCAGUCAUGGUCAGCACUUACGAUGAUGACUAUCUGGUCAGAUUGGCUGCUGAAUCGAGCCAAGUAUGCCACCGACGUGCGGAGGCACACCAACUACAGCAAGCUUUGGAACGAAGCCUUCGUGAUCUGGGAAAUUAA